AAGGCGGCGGCAGGAAGAGAGUGCACUGUAUGUUUAGCUGAGAAGAGAAAGAGGAAUCCAUAACGUAGAGUACUGUGGCACUCUUCGCUCAGCUGUUACAGGAUAAAGUCUAAACAGUCAACAAUAAUAAGACAACCUGGAAGAAGCGGAUAUACCCCCGAUAUCGACGCAACAUGGAUUUUAUAUAAUUCCGGAAAGAUGUGACGAAAUGAAUCAAGAGAAAAACAAGAAACAGACCGACGGCAUCAUGUUGGUCAAAAAGAUAAUAAUGAAAGACGGGAGCACGCAACAGGGAAAUGGUCAUGCUACCGUUACACAUGCAGUGGUUGUCAUUUUCUUAGAGUUCUUCGCCUGGGGUUUGUUGACCACUCCAAUGUUAACAGUUCUACAUGAAACAUUUCCUCAACAUACAUUUUUAAUGAAUGGUCUAAUUCAAGGUGUAAAGGGCUUUUUAUCAUUUAUGAGUGCUCCUCUAAUAGGGGCCCUGUCAGAUGUAUGGGGGAGGAAGUCUUUUCUGCUGGUCACAGUGUUCUUCACCUGUGCCCCAAUUCCUCUAAUGAGGAUAAGUCCCUGGUGGUAUUUUGCUAUGAUUUCUGUGUCUGGAAUCUUUUCUGUCACCUUCUCCGUUAUAUUUGCUUAUGUAGCCGAUAUCACAGAAGAACAUGAAAGAAGUACAGCAUAUGGCCUGGUAUCUGCCACUUUUGCGGCAAGUUUAGUAACAAGUCCUGCCAUUGGAGCGUACCUGUCUGCCAAUUAUGGAGAUAACAUAGUGGUGCUUGUGGCCACAAUCAUCGCAUUGUUAGACAUUUGCUUCGUCCUCUUGGCAGUACCAGAGUCACUGCCUGAGAAGAUGAGGCCAGUCUCAUGGGGAGCACCUAUCUCAUGGGAACAAGCAGACCCUUUUUCUUCUUUGAAGAAAGUUGGGAAGGAUUCCACAGUGUUGCUUAUCUGCAUCACAGUGUUUUUGUCAUAUCUGCCAGAGGCAGGCCAGUACUCCAGCUUUUUCCUUUACUUGAGACAGGUCAUUGGUUUCUCAUCUGUGACCAUAGCAGCCUUUAUAGCUGUUGUGGGGAUCCUUUCCAUUAUAGCUCAGACUGUGUUUCUCAGGGUCCUAAUGAGAUCAAUAGGUAACAAGAAUACUGUACUACUUGGACUAGGUUUUCAGAUGCUCCAGUUGGCCUGGUAUGGAUUUGGAUCGGAACCAUGGAUGAUGUGGGCAGCUGGAGCAAUAGCAGCGAUGUCUAGUAUUACAUUCCCUGCAGUAAGUGCACUAGUUUCACGAAGUGCAGAAUCUGAUCAGCAGGGCGUUGUCCAAGGAAUGAUAACAGGAAUUAGAGGCUUGUGCAAUGGCCUUGGACCAGCCCUCUAUGGCUUCAUAUUCUUUUUGUUUCAUGUGGAGCUGAAUGAGUUGGACCCAGUUCUGCAGACAGAUAAAAUUACUGCAAUGCAGCAUCCAAAUGUAGAGAGUUCAAUUAUCCCUGGCCCACCAUUCCUAUUUGGAGCAUGUGCAGUUCUUCUUGCUUUCCUAGUUGCCUUAUUUAUUCCUGAACACAAUAGCCUUGUUGUAAAGACUUGCAAUACCAGGAAACACAGCAACAGUAUGAGCAGCACCCAGAGCAUGAACCCACUCCCGGGCAGUGAUGAGGACAUUGAGCCACUGCUGCAGGACAGCAGUGUGUGAAGGCAAGUUCAGACUCCCCAAGCUCUGUUACAGGAUGGAAGCAUCAAGACUAAAGAAUCAGAUUAUGGCUGAAGACUGAGAAUGUGUUCUGAACACUUUGUUUAAUCAAUAUGUCUUUCCUGCAAAUCUUCAGCAAUGUUGAAUUGUUUGAAAAAGGCUGUUAUAUGGAAAUCUUUCUGAAAGUUUCUAAGCUUAAAUGGUCUAUUAUUAUUAUUAUUAUUAUUAUUAUUAUUAUUAUUAUUAUUAUUGUUUCUGUUUUUGGGGAAAAAAAAUAAACAAAGGCAGGUGGAGCAAGUCGACAUGUACCAGUAGCAGUCAUUUCAACUGUAGACUUAAUAGGCUCUUGUGGUUUGUAACAGUUCCAUAAUAUAUCACAUUUUGUCUGGAUUGGCAGUCAAGAUUUGCACAGCAGAGAAAUCGUGAGCAACUGCAAAACCUCUCCUAUAAACCAAACUUGUCAUUUUUUGUGUUCUGUUUUUCUGCUGGAAUUUGAUACAUUUUAUGAUGCAUAUUGAGGGUAAUAUAAGUUCUGCUUGAACUUUUCUAAACUCCCACAUUGUGAUUUACAGAACACUGCCACUGUUCUAGUGUUACUGAUGGAAGCCAGUGUAUGUGUGUCUUUAUACAUCCAACUUUAGCCUUAUAACAAGUCGUGACUACGUUAUAUUUUAAUUUGGUAUGUAUGUAACGCUACAUAUCAGCAAUGUAUUCUGCAGCUAGAGAGCACUUUAAAACACAGCUUAUCAAAUUUGUUUUCUGAUGUAUCGCAUCCUGUUUCUUUCUACACCUUGUCCUGCUUGCUGUGGAGUGAAGAACAUUUGGUGUUUGCGAUGAUGGUACGGAUGUUUACAUCCACAUGUAAAACACUAUGCAUUAUUAUCUACCAUCAUAUCAAUCAAUAUUUCUAUUUAAUAUUCUACAGUGAUGACUGAGACUUAAUUUGUUCCUGAUUUCUUUUCAACUGGUCUCUUUUAUAAGCCACUAAAUGUAAACUAGAAAUAUAUAUUUAAAAGUACAGCGACAACAGCAUGUCAAAUGCAUCUAAGAAACUUAACUUCUUGCAGAAAUGUGAGAUUGUUGAAAUGUGCAAAUGAGAUGUUUUGUAGCUUUUAAAUACUAACCAUUUUUUUUUUUAGUAAAUGGUAAUGUUCUGAUCUUUUUGGAAGUUUUAUAUUGAGAUGUUUUACACAUGCUCAGUUUGGAUCACAACUUUUUUUAAAAUAUAUUUUGCUGUACUUCUGAUGUUUUUCUGAUGAUGAAAGGCUUAAUUUCCUGCAGAAUAAAUGCUGUCAAGUUUCAAAAAUAAACUACUGCAACCUA